GUUCGUAUCACGUUAUACGUUUACACACUGUAGCACGAAAGAUAGCCAUCGAGCUCCGUGCGUUGCUCUGCACAAUGCAUGUAUGCCCAGUACAGUGUAAAAAAUUUAAUGAUAUGUAAUGAUGACCCCUUGCUACUUGAGGCAUUAUCUCGAUAUCUUACGAGAUACACAACUUGAGCAUUGACCUUCUAUAUAAAGAAGUAGCCACCACCGGCAUUUCCAUAUCGCACCAAACCAGAAAAAACUAUUCCUUUUCUGCAUUAACUCUUCGAUUUGGCCCAGAAAAAAACAGAGCUCUUCAUUUACUCUUCGGUUUGGUACUAUGGUUCUGAUACGGGAGUUGGAACAUCGAGUUGUGGCGGUGCAGAUUGGCCACUGGGAACGUGAUGGUAUCGGGAAAUGGAGGUUCGACCAAGAUCCGAAUGAGAGACAACGCAACAUGAGGCUCCGUGAAGGCGAUGGCAUAGAUACGAUCACCACUAUGCUAAAACAGGAGUACAACAUCAGCGACGUGGAGACCCGCCUAAAGCUGACUUUCCGUUGGCCAUCGUGGAUGCUUCUAGUCGAUGACGGGACGACUAGACCUCAGACCAUCAAGACGGACAACGAUAUGGACCUCUUCCUGUCCAUGAAAGUCGAUGUCGCUGACCUCAUUCUGUUCGUAACCAGAAAGAACGACGCCGGAGUUGUAACGGAAUCACCUACGCUCUCCAACAGUGCGGGUUCGUCGUCCCAUCCUCAAUCAGCGACAUUGAUACACGAAGAUUACGUCGUUGUUGAACUUCCAUCUUCAGAAUCGGAUGAUGACUUUGGUGAUAGCAAGAGACCCGACCCCUGGAACGAGAGGCUUGAUGGUUUGAUGAGUAAAAAAUCUCCAACCUAG